CAGAACGAAGCGAAAUUUUGAUUUGAAUGUUGUAUUUUAAUCUACAAAGUGAAGAGUUUGUGUAUAAUAUCUGUGUUGCAUUUUACAGCCGUUUCUGACAUACAUCGUCGGAAUGUUUUCUUUUUAUUUAUUAAUUUCAUUGAACUUUAUAUGUUUAACCUUUGCGGCAAAAUCAGCUGAUUUGAUCACGAGUUUGCCUGGUCUUUCCAACUUCCCUUCUUUCAAGCAAUAUUCAGGUUACUUAGAUGCGACAUCAACUAAGCACCUACACUAUUGGUUUGUUGAAUCCCAAAACAACCCAGCAACUGACCCUGUAGUUUUGUGGUUGAAUGGAGGUCCUGGUUGUAGCUCACUUGAUGGAUUGCUAUCAGAGAAUGGGCCUUUGCAUGUAAACAACGAUGGUGAAACACUCUACGCUAACCCAUACAGCUGGAACAAGAUUGCAAACGUUCUUUACCUUGAAUCACCUGCAGGUGUUGGUUACUCGUAUGAUGACAAUAAUGACGUCAAAACAUCUGACGAUGAGGUGUCGCAACACAACUAUAACGCUCUGGUUGAUUUCUUCAAGAAAUUUCCGGAAUUUGUUAAAAAUCCUUUCUUUGUUUCUGGUGAGAGUUACGGGGGUAUUUACCUUCCAACAUUGAGUGUAAGGAUAAUGCAAGGGAGCUUUCAUAUUAACUUUAAGGGCAUGGCUGUUGGUAAUGGUAUGAGCAGUUUUUCUCUAAACGAUGAAUCGCUUGUUUUCUUUGCUUACUAUCAUGGUCUGUUUGGCAAAGUAUUGUGGGACAGAUUAGGUGUUGAUUGUUGUAAUGGGACAAUCACAAGGGAGAAUUGUAAGUUUGGGAAUCCUGUUGGAGAUUGUGCUGAUGAUGUUGCUGAAGUCUUUCAAUACGUUUACAAUUGUGGUCUGAAUGAAUAUGCAUUGUACCUGGAUUGCGCAAGUAACAUUGAUAUUGGGAACGGCAAGCGUUACAAGUUUGAUAUGAGCAACGUGUUCCGUUCACUCAAACCAAAGUUACGCGCAAACGUGCUGAGUCAGAAGAUCAUGACGAAGCCAACCUCACGAUUAGGUGUUGUUCCCCCAUGUAUUAACGCAACUGCACAAACCAAUUACUUGAACAAGGCGAGUGUAAGGCAAGCCUUGCAUAUAAAGGAGGGCCUGCCUACAUGGGCGGUAUGCAGCGACGCAGUUGGUGCAUCAUACCAGAGGUUAUACGAUGACAUGUACAGUCAAUACCACCAACUAUUAAAGCAUCCAAACUUCCGUAUACUCGUGUAUAACGGUGACACCGACAUGGCGUGUAACUUCUUAGGUGACCAGUGGUUCGUAGAUGGGCUUAAACUAACAAGCACCAUGUCCCAUCGGCCAUGGUAUGUAGAGGGACAAGUGGCAGGGUUUGCACAGCAAUUUGGAAACCUUACAUACACAACUAUCAGGGGUGCAGGACACAUGGUUCCGCAGUGGGCACCAAGCUAUGCUUACUCUAUGUUUGAGAAGUUUGUAUUAGACAAGCCCUUCACCAACUAAACAAGCCAUCGUGUGAAGCAUAUAUGUGAUCAUUGUAUUGUCAUUUUGUAUAGUGGGGUGGGGGAAGAUGGGACACCUUUUCAUUCUAUUAUAUUGUCCUGUUUAGUGGUAAACAAAGAACAAUCAAAAAAAUUAUAAAACUGUAUCCUUGUGACUCCCAUAGACCAUUGUUAAUUGUUUAAAAUAUGUUCACAUUGUUCAGUAUAUUUGAAUGUUAUGUGCUAAAGGUGUCCCAUGUUACCCCACCCUACUUUAUCAUUGUCAAAUAUCUGCUUAAUAUAAUUCAUUUGGGCUUUAUCAAUAUUUCAACAAGUUUUAACAAAUAUCAAAUAAUUUCUUUAUAUGAAGCAUUUUUUAAUUUGUUUUUUUCGAAAUAUCUCCCCAAAAAACUGAUUAAAUUUGUUUUUUUCCUUAAAAUACUUUUAAUUACUGUGACUUUAGUUCUGUGUUAAAUAUUUAGCAAUUCUUCUGUUCAAUGAUUUAUUACAUUUGAUUUUGUGAAUACAACAUCCAGCGUCGUAAAUACA